AGAAGAAGAAGAAGAAGAAGAAGAGGUGGAGGAGAGGAGCACGAACCUGGACUCAAUAAUCCCUCCUGUUGCUCUUAGGGUGAUUGAUACCUUAGAGUCGCGCGAUGCCCCUCCAUCCAACCUAUUUCGAUAUACGAAGUAACAAUAGAGGAGCGGCAGCGGCUGAGAGCCUGGCCUACAGUAGCUGAACCGACAGACGGACUUGACCACAUCGACGUGGUAUCCUUUGUUCUCUCACCCUUCAUAAGCAAAAGCGGCACAAGUCAACAGCACGCCCGCCAAACAAUAUAUUGUCGCCUCGCGCAGACCCGGUCUAUGUUACUCUCCUUUUCCUGGGAGCUCAACACACGAAAUCGUCUCACUUUUCCCCUCACCAGCUCCGAGCUUGCGAAGCGCCCUUAUCGCGGCUGACGUCCCUCGAGCUCACACUCUGCCUCGCCCGUAACAAGAAAUUUCGCAUGACCACUAUGAGCUAUUCAAAUCCCCAGGAGAGCCAGCAGAGCAAGCCUCCGGUGCAAGCAUGUCGAUACAAGACAGGAAAAACCUUGGGCGCGGGGUCAUACUCGGUGGUCAAGGAGUGUGUACAUAUUGACACAGGAAGAUACUAUGCUGCGAAGGUCAUCAACAAGAGGCUAAUGGCAGGCCGAGAACAUAUGGUACGGAACGAAAUCGCAGUCCUUAAACGGGUAUCGAUGGGCCACCAAAAUAUCCUCACUCUAGUCGACUAUUUCGAGACCCUCAACAACUUAUACCUCGUCACCGAUCUUGCUCUUGGGGGCGAGUUGUUCGAUCGAAUCUGCCGCAAAGGUUCUUACUAUGAAUCCGAUGCAGCGGACCUGAUCCGAGCAACUCUAUCUGCGGUAGCCUACUUACAUGACCACGGAAUCGUACAUCGAGAUCUGAAGCCGGAGAACCUUCUAUUUCGAACUCCAGAAGACAAUGCCGAUUUGCUGAUUGCAGAUUUUGGUCUUAGCAGAAUAAUGGAUGAAGAACAAUUCCACGUCCUGACCACUACAUGUGGUACGCCAGGCUAUAUGGCACCUGAGAUCUUUAAGAAGACUGGCCACGGCAAGCCAGUGGAUAUCUGGGCUAUUGGUGUGAUUACAUACUUCCUGCUAUGUGGUUAUACCCCCUUCGAUCGUGAUUCCAACCUGGAGGAGAUGCAGGCAAUCUUGAUUGCGGACUACAGCUUCACACCUAUUGAAUACUGGAGAGGAGUCAGCGUGCAAGCGAGAGAGUUUAUCAAACGCUGCUUGACAAUCGAUCCGACACAAAGAAUGACUUCGCACGAGGCGCUGCAACAUCCAUUCGUAUCUGGCAUAUCUUCUGGACAAGCUGGAAAGGACGGAAAGGGCAGCGACCUAUUACCGGUGGUGAAGAAGAAUUUCAACGCAAGAAGGACUCUUCACGCAGCUAUCGACACUGUUCGAGCAAUUAACAAGCUGAGGGAAGGUCAGGGAGUCAGCGGUAUGAUGGACGGGAUAGUAUCAACAGACCCAGACAAGGGAGCUCAACCUCUACGGCGUGCUGGGCAAAAGGAUUCUGGAGUUGGCAUGGGACCAGGCGACGAGAUGCAAGAAGACUCCGGCUACUCGACCGGAGGACCAAUCUCAUCAGCACCUCAAACUGGCGACUUCGCAGACACUCACAUGCGAGGCGUGGAACGGAAUUCAGGCCAAGGCCAGACCCAAGCACAGAUCGAAGCCCAGACUAGGAAAAUUGCCGAAACGACAAAAGGCUUAUGGAGCGCAGGCAGCGCAAAGCUACACGGUCGGUGA